CAUUUACCAGGAUUUACAGGUCAAGGCUUCACCCCUUGCUCAAACUGCAACUAUGCAUAAUGAUCCUGCCAUUAUCCAGUCGCACUAUCAUCAUCCUCCAACUGCAUCUCCAAGCUUGCCUGCAAACCUUCCUUCUCUUGGAAGUGGAACUGCACCCGAGCUUUCCUCCAACACUGCUCAGAUCCUUCAGCAGCCUACCUUUCAGGGCAACUUCCCCACAUAUCAAACCAUUGGAAGCUUCAGUUCUUGGGGUACCACUCCAUCUCCAGCACCGGCAAAUGUUUCUGGUCUUGGUUUGCCAAUGUAUUGGCAUGGAUAUUACGCGCCCUCAGGAGGUCUUCCUCAUCUGCAGCAACCUCCUUUAAUCAGGCCAGCCCCUGGACUGACAAUGCCUCCCAUGCAGCAGGCUUUGCAAUUUCAGGGCAUGAAUGUCCCUUUAUCUUCUGGGACUCCAAAUUUUACAGAAUUUCCUUCUUUAUUUCCAUCUGUCAGCAGCAACCAUAGUUUGGGCCCUACUCUUACAUCAACUGUGCCUCCCAGCCAAGCCACUUCAUUAAUCCCUGAGAUGGCUUCAAGUUUAGUUUCAAAUAAAAUUCCUAUAAAUUACCUUCCUACACCAAUUCAAAGUGGAAAAAUUCCUCUAGCAUCCUCUUUAACCCCAAGCAUGGAGACAAGUGCACCUUUGGCACAAAAUUUUCUGAAUGCUGUCAGUAAUAAGAUUGGUUCUACUAUUUCCGUGGCUAACCUGACUGAAAUGGGGCCUAAACCACCUACUGUUGGCUCAUCUUGUUCAAACCUAGCAGAAACAUUAGCUACUUUUGUGACUCCAGAUCAUCUCAUGCAGCUUACCUCCUCUAUGCUUCCGUCCUCAGAAUCACUAGAAAAGAGCACUAACACAACGGAAAUUAAGCCACCAAAAGAUAAAACAAAACUUCCUAUAUCUGAACGAUCGGUACCUGAACUCGAAGCCAAGACAACGGUGGCAGCUGUGGUAAAGGAACCACUAUUGCCACUACCUACACGUUAUCACAAGGUCCAGCCAAGUGGAGCUGUUUCAGGUACCAAUCAAAGCAGCAGGGCUCGUGGAAGAGGAAGAGGAAAUGGGUAUUCUCGCCCAGUCCAAAUGUUCAAAGAAGAGUUUGAUUUCACUGCAAUGAAUGAGAAGUUCAACAAGGAUGAGGUCUGGGGCCAGCUUGGUAAAAGCAAAGCCCAUUCCAGCACCAGGGAAGUAGAAGAUGAUGAAGCUGAUGAUUAUGAUGAAGAAACUGAAUUUGCUGAAUCUCUGGAUAUCAAGCCUGUUUAUGUCAAAGAUGACUUUUUUGAUACCCUUUCACGCAACACUAACGAUCAAACUAGCAAUGGUAGGAUCAAGUAUUCGGAGCAGUUGAAGAUUGACACCGAGACUUUCGGCAAUUUUCAAAGAAAUAGACCUCCUGCUUAUGGAGGUCGAGGGCUUCGUGGUGGCCGAGGACGAAGCUCGUACAAUGGUAGUAGUGGCUAUGGAUACUCUUUGAGGGGACGAGGUUAUAGUGGGAUCAACCGGGCAUCAUAAAACUGUUGUAUUUGGCGGAUUAGUUAAGUCCAUCAGUUAAUUUUGAUCAUUCGAUCUGCUUGGAUGAACAAUAGAGAAGUUACCUGGUUUUUUAGAGCAUCAAAGAUCUGUUUCUUAUUUCUUCAAAAAAAAAAAGGCCUGUUUCUUUCUUAUUUGGCCGAGGGUUUACUUUGCGUCCGUAUUCAGCACUAGGCUUGCCUUUCUUUUUGGUCUGACGCAUCGUAUUUUCUCUUGCAGAAACUCAUGUAAAUGUUUUGUAAUUGAGAUAAACUCCAAGAGAUUUUCCCUUGAGUUUGGUUCAUAUAUAACACUUGAGUCGAAGCAAGGUAUAAACAGUACUGUUGUGCCUGGAAAUUUUGCAGUAGUAGAGAAAUAUAAAUUUUAGCGUUCUAAUUUUU